AUGGCUAGCUCGAAACGUUCUCCUAAACAGAUCUUCGAGUCUCUCACUGCAGCUAUCACGAAGAAGCCACCAUUCGUGCAUGGAGCUGUCUCGCUGCCACCAACAUCUACCGCUUUGUAUUUUGGAGCCACUGACGCUGGACGUCUUGACCUCCUCAGUCCUCAAAAGAAACAACUUGAGCAGCUCCUUGCAGCUUGUUCACCAGCGACCUUUGGUAUGAACAAAGAAGACGUACUCGACGAAGAAUACAGGAAGGCCGGGAAACUCGACGCAGAAAACUUCGCAUUCAACUUCGAUGUGAUGAACUCUGAAAUAACCACUCAGAUUACCAACGUCCUUCUGCAAGGAAGGUCCGACCCCACCUUCGUUCCCGAGCUCUACAAGUUGAACGUCUAUGGCAAAGACGGUUUCUUUAAACCCCAUAAGGAUACGCCACGGAGCGAGGUCAUGUUCGGUUCUUUGGUCUUAGUUCUUCCAACGCCGCAUGAGGGUGGCCAGCUCAUGCUACGGCACGAAGGCGACGAAUGGACGUUCGAUUCUGCGGAAAUUCUUAGCGAACAGCCCUCGCCAUCCAUCGCUUUCAUCGCAUUUUUCAGCGACGUGGAGCACGAAGUGCUCCCAGUCAAGUCCGGUCAUCGCAUUACGAUAAGCUAUAACCUCUACUCCAAGAUGGAUGAUCCUUUCACCAAAGUCGUCCAUGUACCUUCACCUAUUCAAUUAGCUGUUGAAGAGAGCCUCCGUGGGGUGCUGGAUUCCAAAGUCCUUCGCCGCGGCGGCUUCAUUGGUUUCGGGCUCAGUCAUGAAUACCCUCUCCGCGCCGGCGGUAGGCUUCCAAGCACACUCAAGGGUACCGACGAAAUGGUUCGUCAAGCGUGCAAGAAACUAAAGCUCCGGGUCAUGAUAACUUUGCUCUACGAAGCCGGCCCCGACGAUGGAUCGUUCACCCAUGUGAUGUUUCUGACGUACCCCGAUAUCCUCGCCGAAGGAGAGCUUCAGGCUGAGGGCGGUCAGAUACACGAGCCGCUCUUGGAGAUGAGAGGAGCGAACCCACUUUUGGUCAAGUAUACCGAAGAAGACGGAUUCGACUUCAAGAAAUCCCCGACACCGGAGGAACCGUUGCAAGCUUGGUGUGUCACCCCGAAGAUGAAGAACAAUGUCUCGUCUUUGUAUCAAGCGUAUGGAAACGAGUCUACAACUAAUUACCUCUAUGGCCGCUUACAUCUGUUAGCCCUUGUUGGACCAGUAGGCCUCAGAGAGACCGCGAAGGACGACAAAGAAGAUGCGUAG